AUGGACGGACGCCACUGGAGAUGGCCACCGCCACAGCAACCGUCUCAGCCGUCGUCGUCCCAACCUCAAAACCCUAAUUUCCCCUUGCAAAACGUUUAUUCCCAAACUCCUGCCUUCACACAGCCUCAAAAUCCAUUUCCUUACCACCUCUGGCAACAUACCCCCAAUUUUCCUCCCAACUUUCCGCCGCAAAACUCUAACGUUCACCCCCCAAACCCCAACCCGAGCUUCUCCUACAAGCAGCAGCACCAGCAGAUCUCCACUCCAGCAACGCACUCUCAGGCUCGGGCCGAGAAGGUCGACGGGGCCGUCGCGAAGGCUCGGACCGAUCUUAUCGCCGCCGGAGAGAGCGUCUCGUCAUGGAAGGUCGCUCAGGCUGCGCUCGUGGCCCUCCAGGUCGAUUCGUGGGGCUCUUUGGGGUUUUCUAUGCAGCAAGUCCCAUCGCUUCAUAGUCUUAUGAUCACCGAAGGAAAGAUAGAUGCGUUUAUCCAUUGCUUUGUUGGUGUGCGGAGAAUCACUUCAGUGUACGAGUUGGGAGUGGAAAUCUGCAAGGAUGAAGGGAUUGGACAGUUUGAAGAGCUGGGUUUGGGCCCUUUGGCUCGACAUCCACUUGUUCUGCAUUAUUUCUCAGUGAAUGUGGAUACAAUUGAUAUUUUGAAAAUAACAACUGAGGAGAUCAUACUUCUACUUUCUCAAUUCCGAAAUCUUUGUAGUUCUAAAGAUGUUAAGCUUGAGGAAUUUUUAGAUUUUGUUGCUGAAAAGCGAUCAGUUGCCGGCAAGGAAAAGCUUGGUAUACGAAUUCUGCACUUUGGGAAACUCAUUCAUAACAUCCGGAAGGCUAGGAUUUUGGAAGAUACUGUCAUUUGUAAUCAUAACCAGGCACUUAAAGAACCAAAGAGAAAAAGAGUUUUUCGUGGCAAGCACAUUAGAUUUGCAUCAUCAAGCUCAGAGGAUGAACGUAGCAAUGAUUGUACAUAUGAAGAUGAUAGUGACUAUGUUACAGACGAUCAUGGUAAAUUCUCAUCACAAUCUGUCAAAUGUUCUGACAGAGUAAGUAGUUGUCCUUACCCUUCUGCAACUGAAGAGAUGAAACGGCUUGGAUUGAAAGGUGAAAUGAAACUGCAUCUGUCUCCAGCAAGUGACAGCCAAAAGCACCAUAAGAAUAUUGGAUCAGCUAAAAAGAAAGGAAGAAAUGAAGAACUAAGUAGCACUAACUCUGCACCCGCAAAACUGAAAAAGAUGGACAAGGUACGCCUUGAUGUUCUGCCACUAGAGAACGAGAAUGGUGCACAGGAGAAUAACAAUACGAAUGAAGAUGAUUUUUGCAGUAUUAAUGAAGAUAAGUUUUUACUAACCAAUGAAUCUUUGAGAAUGUUCAUUACAAUUUGGAAGGAGAGAUGUCGGGGAGUCAGUGUGGGUCAGGUAUUGAAGAGGAUGAUUCGUUUUUAUAAAGUUCAAUUCUUAAGGAAGACAAGAUCUAUUUAUUCAUCUUAUCCAUUCAUUGGAAUAUUAAACGUUGCUGUCUUGUCCAUCAAAUUGGGAAUGUGGGACAGCAUCUACGACACUGUACAAGCCGUCAGUCAAUACGAUUUAUCUAAGACACUGAUCAAUGAUGAUUGUGAGUAUGAGAGCAUAGAUGUUGAACCAAGUACAAAGGAUGUAAGAGUGAUUCCUGAACCUACGGCGGACCAUACACUUUCAGUUUCAGUUGAAGACGUUAUAAAGAAAGUUGCAGCAUAUCUCAAGCUUGAUGACAAUGUCUUUACAAAUGAUAGGACAUCUGUGGAAAAGAGAUUUAGCAUGUGGAAAAACCUUUCCAAUUGUCCGCAUUGGCUGGCAGAACAAUUUCGUGUCAAGGAAUUCAGAUCCCUUGGUUAUGGGGAUUUCACACUAUUUUUAGAAAAAUAUGCUUCUCUGCUACCAAAAGAGCUGUGCAAAUUCCUUACAGGUGACAUAAGUGAGAAAAGUCCUUUGGAGGUUUGCAUGAUGCACCAUCAAUUGGUUCUUUUACUAUCACAAGCUUCAAAUAAUUUAUGGGAGGAUAAAAACAUAACCAAGCAGGAUAUUUUUUCACUUCUUAUGAGGCAGUUUCCAUCCAUCACUUUCAACAUCUUAUCAAAUGGUUCUUUAAAUGAUUUCAUUAGCAUGGCGGUGAAGGACAAAAACGUCUCAAUUCCUAAAUCUAUUAUAUUCUCUUUAACACUAUGUACCACAACUAAUGCUCCAGAACUGUCAGCACGUAACAAGAACGGCCUACUGGAUUGCACUAAUAAUGAUCAAGAUAUCAGACCUCAUGAAUCUGUUACAUCCAAGGAUGCAAUUGAAGUCUUGCUAAAGGCACCAAUGUUGUCAGAUUUAAAUUUAUGGUCACAUUGGGACAUUAUAUUUGCUCCCUCACUUGGUCCUCUUGUGUCAUGGUUAUUGAAAGAGGUCAAAACGGAUGAAUUGUUGUGUUUGGUGACCAGAGAUGGAAAGGUCCUUCGGAUAGAUCCUUCUGCUACGGUUGACUCAUUUCUAGAAGCUGCAAUUCAAGGAUCCUCUCACCGAACAGCAGUAAAAUUGUUAUCUCUGAUCUCUGUAGUUGGGGGACAGAAACAUGUUCCCAUUUCCCUUUUAAAAUGCCAUGCCCAGCAGGCAUUUAAAGUAAUAUUGAAGAAUUCUCUAGAAAAUGUGGAAUUAAGUGGCUCUGGAUAUUCUUAUUUUAGUGGGAAAGUGUUGUGUGGAGAUGGAGAAUCACAGAGCAACUUGAGCAAAAUGAACAACUCAGUGUCUGCUACAUCAAAGUUUGUCGUUGAUUGUCUUCAUUAUAUACCUGCAGAGAUUCGUGCAUUUGCUGCUGAUGUACUUCUUUCAGGGAUGCAAUCUAUUAUCAAAGAUGCUGCUGCAGCCAUUUUACACGAGUGUAGCCAAACAGAUCAGCGUCUCAUGCUUCAUGAAGUUGGGUUAUCUCUUGGUGUGGUGGAGUGGAUCAAUGAUUACCAUGCAUUUUGUUCGACAGCCGUUACUGAUUUGUUCCCAUCUGAUGCUUUGUGCUUGAAAGCAGUUGGAAUUAAGGUAAAGACACGUUCAAAACGCAAGCAAGAUGUGUUGGACAAGUUUUCCACUGCUGAAGGGAACAAGAAUACUUCUGUCAGGACACAUAAGAAAAGCAAAAAACGUGCCUGCGAUUCUUCUGUGAUCAACAAUGUAGAAGCUUCUGAUGAUAAAAUUGUCUGUGGUGGCUCACUGCGUCCUUCUGAACAAAAGGAACAUGAAGAGGCAGCUCUUGUCAUUGAGUCUAUCAGGAGAGAUGAAUUCGGUCUGGAUCCAAGACUUUCAAACGUUGAGAGUGGCAUGCUAAAGAAGCAGCAUGCUCGCUUAGGGAGAGCAUUGCAUUGUCUUUCACAGGAAUUAUAUUCCCAGGAUUCACAUUUUCUUCUUGAGCUGGUUCAGAAUGCUGAUGAUAAUAUCUACCCUGAAAAUGUGGAGCCAACUCUGACAUUUAUUCUUCAAGAUUCCGGUAUUGUUGUUCUGAAUAAUGAGCAAGGUUUCUCUACCGAGAAUAUUAGAGCUCUCUGUGACAUUGGAAAUUCAACAAAAAAAGGAUCAAAUGCGGGAUAUAUAGGGCAGAAGGGUAUUGGUUUUAAAUCAGUAUUUCGGAUUACAGAUGCUCCAGAGAUUCAUUCCAAUGGAUUUCAUGUCAAGUUUGACAUAAGCGAGGGUCAGAUUGGUUUUGUUUUGCCAACAGUUGUACCUCCCUGCGACCUUGCUCUAUUCAGCAGGCUGUCAUCUAGUGGCAGUGAUCAGUUUGAUUUUAACCAGUGGAGCACUUGCAUUGUGCUUCCUUUUAGAUCAAGACCAUCUGAAGGAAACGUUAUGAAAAGUAUUAUGGCGAUGUUUGCAGAUCUUCAUCCAUCCUUGUUACUCUUUCUUCACCGCCUCCAGUGUAUCAAGUUUAAAAACUUGCUGGAUGAUUCACUCAUUGUCAUGAGGAAAGAAGUUGUGGGGGAUGGUAUUAUUAAUGUCUCAAAUGGAAAAGAGAAAAUGACAUGGUUUGUUGUGUCACAGAAAUUACGGUCAGAUUAUAUACGUCCUGAUGUACAAAUGACAGAAAUUUCAAUAGCGUUCACACUGCAGGAAUCGGCUAGUGGUGGUUACAGUCCACUUCUGAGCCAACAGCCUGUGUUUGCAUUUCUUCCUCUGAGAACUUAUGGCCUAAAGUUCAUUCUUCAGGGCGAUUUUGUUCUUCCUUCAUCUAGGGAGGAAGUGGAUGGGAGUAGUCCAUGGAACCAGUGGUUACUAUCAGAGUUUCCAGGUUUGUUUGUCAAAGCAGAAAGAUCUUUUUGUGCUCUUCCAUGCUUUAAAGACAAUCCUGGAAAAGCUGUAGCAGCUUUUAUGAGCUUUGUCCCACUUGUUGGGGAAGUGCACGGUUUCUUUUCUAGUCUUCCUCGAUUGAUCAUUUCCAAAUUACGCAUGUCAAAUUGUUUAGUUUGGGAAGGACGUAAUAGUGAAUGGGUUCCUCCUUGCAAGGUUCUAAGAGGCUGGAAUGAGCAGGCUCGUUCUAUUCUUCCUGAUGCUUUGCUUCAUGAACACCUUGGUCUUGGUUUCUUAGAUAAGCAUAUAGUUCUAUCUGAUGCGCUGGCAAGGGCUCUAGGUGUUGAGGAGUAUGGACCAAAAAUUCUGGUUCAAGUUUUGUCCUCCUUGUGUCGUACGGAAAGUGGCCUUAAGUCAAUGGGCUUUGGCUGGUUGUCCUCUUGUCUGAUUGAGCUUUACACAAUGUUGGUGCCUUUCUCUGGGAGGACUGCGUCGGAGUCUGAAGUAGGAUUAGAUGUUAUAAAUAAUCUUCAGAGAAUUCCAUUUGUUCCCCUCUCAAAUGGUACAUUCAGUGCAGUAAAUGAGGGUACAAUUUGGCUGCAUUUUGAUGCUUCAAGCUCUGGUUUUGAUGGUGAGCAUCGCAUCGAGUCUUUUCCAAAUCUAUAUUCCAAACUUCGAGUUGUAAGUCCUGAUCUCCUAUCUGCAUCAUCUGUUGAUGGCUCACAUAGUGAUUUGACUUUAUCUGACAAACUCACCAUGAUGCUUUAUAAAAUUGGUGUCCAAAAACUGUCUGCACAUGAAAUUAUCAAGGUGCAUAUUCUUCCAGCAAUAUCUAAUAAAACUAUUGCUGAUAAGGACAGGAAUUUGACGACGGAAUAUGUUUGUUUUGUCAUGUCCCACCUACACUCAAGCUGUUCUGAUUGCCAUGUUGACAGAGAGUACAUAAUGUCCGAGCUACAAAACAACGUUUAUAUUUUAACAAAUAAUGGCUUUAAACGACCUGCUGAAGUGUCUAUUCAUUUUAGCAAAGAGUAUGGAAAUUCUGUUAACAUAAAUAAGUUGAUUGGUUCUGUGGAUAUGAAAUGGCAUGAGGUGGACAUCUCCUAUUUGAAGCAUCCAAUAACCAAAGCACUCCCAUCUGGACAAGCGAAAUGGAGGGAAUUUUUCCAGUCAAUUGGGAUCACAGAUUUUGUAAAAGUAGUCCAGGUUGAGAAGACUGUUGCAGAAAUAUCUCAUGCUGUGUUGCAAAGUUUCAUGUCAGAGGGACACUCGAUUUCCCUUGGAUCAAUUGUUAAAGAUUGGGAAUCUCGUGAGUUGUUCGAUUUGUUAUCUUUGUUGACCAAGGUUGGAAUGAGAAAAAGCAGUGAAUACCUCUUAGAGGUUUUCGACAAAUUAUGGGAUUCUUGCUUUACUGAUAAAGCAACUGGUUACUAUACUUCUGAAUCUGUUGCGAGUAGUAAGCCUUUCAAGUCUUCAUUUAUAACCACCAUCUCUGAUGUGGAAUGGGUUGCAUCAACCAUGGAUGAUAAACUUCAUUGCGCUAAAGAUUUGUAUCAUGACUGUGAUGCAGUGCGUUCAAUUCUUGGCAUAUCUGCUCCAUAUGCUGUCCCAAAGGUGAAAAGUGAGAAGUUAGUAAGUGAUAUUGGGUUUAAAACUAAGGUUACCCUGAAAGACGUUUUUGAACUGCUAAAAGUGUGGAGAUGUAAUGCUCCAUUCAUGGCCAGCAUAACGCAAAUGUCCAAAUUGUACACGUUUAUUUGGAAUGAAGUGGCUGCUUCAAGGAAAUUGGCGGAGGAAUUCCAUUCCGAACCGUUCAUUUUUGUGCCAUACACAUUUUCUUUAAGGAAGGAGGAUGUGGUACCUGGUAUAUUUUUGUCACCUAAUGAAGUAUAUUGGCGUGAUUCAACUGGUGCUAUGGACCAUAUGAAAGAGUUGCAUUCUCAACACAGCUCAACAAAUGUGGCUCUUGGUCCUUUGAGCAAGACGUUACACGACAUCUAUCCUGGCCUUCAUGACUUCUUUAUUGAUUUGUGUGGGGUGCAUGAGAAUCCUCCUCUCCCUGCGUACCUCCAGAUUUUGCGGCAGUUAUCCAGUGUCACUUUGCCUUCACAAGCUGCCAAGGCAGUUUUUCAAGUUCUUUUAAAGUGGGCGGAUGGACUGAAUUCAGGAUUAAGUCCAGAGGAAGUUGUUUACCUGAAAAAAUCUCUUAAGAAAGCAGACUGUACAGUGCUUCCUACCUUGCAAGAUAAGUGGGUUUCUCUACAUCCUAACUUUGGUCUCGUGUGCUGGUGUGAUGAUAAAAAGUUAAAAAAACAUUUUAAGCAUGUGAAUGGGAUCGAUUUUUUGUCCUUGGGCAAACUGAGCAAGAAUGAAAAAGAGAUGCUUCAGACAAAAGUGUCUGUUCUCAUGAGAACUUUAGGGAUACCUGCUCUUUCAGAGGUUGUAAGUCGGGAAGCAGUAUAUUACGGUGUAGUAGACUCCAGAUUUAAAGCAUCAUUGGUGAACUGGGCUCUUCCCUAUGCUCAGCGCUACUUGCAUAAUGCACACCCGGACAAAUAUUCUCAACUAAAGCAGUCUGGAUUUGAUAUUCUAGAUUGUUUACAGGUAGUAGUUGUUGAAAAAUUAUUCUACAAAAAUGUUAUAAAAGGUUGCGGUAGUACAUCCGAGAAACGACUUGAGUCUUCUUGUCUUCUCCAGGGUAAUAUAUUGUAUUCAACCAAAGAUUCAGAUGCCCAUGCCUUGUUUAUGGAACUUUCUCGUUUAUUUUUUGAUGGAAAACCUGAAUUGCACAUGGCAAAUUUCCUGCACAUGAUCACAACCAUGGCAGAAUCAGGUUCCAGUGAGGGUCAAACAGAGUUCUUCAUCUUGAAUAGCCAAAAGAUUCCAAAGCUUCCUGAUGGAGAAUCAGUUUGGUCCCUUGCAUCUAUGUCUUCGUUGGCAGAUAAUGAUGAAAAAACUCAGACAAAGUUUGCUUCAGGAGCAGCGCAUGAGCAAAGUACUGCAAAACACAAUCAUUUCAAACAGAUGCAUGGAACUUCAAGUGGAGCAGCAACCACUUCAAACUGGCCUCCUGUGGAUUGGAAAACUGCACCAGGUUUUGACUAUGCUCGUGCAAAUGGUUUCAAGAUGCAACCACCGAUUGCACAGCCUUGUUUCAGCUCUCACUAUAUAAAGGAGGAUGAUUAUCUUACCAUUGAUGAAGCAGAUAUUGCAGCUCCGCUCUCAAUUGACAAUGAUUGGUCGAUCGAAGAUGAUUCAGGAGCAUCAACAGCUUUAGUUUUGCCAGACUCCAGCAAUCUGGAAGAACAGCGGGUCAACGCUUGUGAUGAAACUAAUCUUGAAGUGACUAGAGAAGUUGAUCAUGUUGGUUCAGAUUCUGCUCCCGAGUUACCUAAAUUAGGUGCAUCUAGGUUUCACAAAAAAGAUCAGAUUAGAAUUGGUAUACCCAAUGAACAAGGAAUCUUGACAGGGAGACUUGGCGAGCUUCUUGCUUUUAAAUACUUCAUUGGGAAAGCUGGUAAGGACGCCGUAGAGUGGGUUAAUGGAGACAACGAAACAGGGCUGCCUUAUGACAUAGUUGUUAAGAACAAAAAUGGUAAAGAGUUUAUCGAAGUUAAAUCAACCGUAUCUCCGAGGAAAAACUGGCUGAUGAUAACACCGAGAGAGUGGCAUUUUGCAGUCGAUAGAGGUGACGCUUUCAGCAUUGCUCACGUCGUCCUGUUGAAAAAUAAAGUUGCGAGGGUCUCUGUGUUCAAGAAUCCAGUAAAACUGCUCCAGCAGCGCAAGUUGCAGUUGGUCAUUGUGAUGCCUACAGAAAAGGAAUUCACCAUUGUCUCCUGAAGGUGCACACUGGGAUUUCUUCUUCCGUUGGAUGCUCUCAGAAUUAGAGCCUUUCUCCCAAUAACAGCAAUUCUCCAAUGGUUUUCAGUGCUUUGCACUUGUCCUCUCUGUUUUCAUCUGUGAGAGCACCAACUUCUAAUUUAACCGCACAAGGUUAGAUCAAAACGUGUCUACGCAAAUGUAGGCAAAUGUUAAAGUUAUCUUGUAAAGUUUAGUUGUCCCAAAUACAGAACAUAAUUUAUACAACUAAUAAAUGUAGAGAACCCAUUCUUUUUUUAAAUCUGGAAGUGAUAUUUCUUUUUGUUCCUCA